GCGCGUCGGACGUGCGCGUCAUCGUAACAGUUUGGUUUGUUUUCUCACGUCGUUCGAAGUUGUUCUGAAAUAGUUGUUAAAAAUGAUGUAAAAACUCACAAAACGUGAUACAAAUAUAAUUAGUAGCGACUCCCCACGACUUCGCCCUGGUGGCAAAGAAUCAGUUUGAUCCCUUCCCGGUGAUGUCUCGUCCAUCAGCAAAAAUAUUGUUAAAACGCUCUGGCUCACUUUGCGAAAUGCUGAUACAGAUCAUAGAUUGGGUCGGUCAAAUGAAGAAACUGAUGGGAAUGGGGAUUUUCAAUUUUCACAUAUUUACUUACGAGUAUACCCAACCUAAUGAUGUUGACCAAUUCCAAUUUACAGCUCUGCGAUUUAAUUAUUGUAUAAAAGCUACCUGUGAUAAGGUUCAUAGUAGUGAGAAGGAAGCCGACAGUACGAUGAGCUCCUCAGCGGGCCGAGAGAAGACCGCCGCGCCUCCCGGCUUGCUCCACCGCCGCUACUCCGCACCGGAAACUGUCAUGCGCAAGUAUCGCUUGGAGCAACUAAAUGCCCAGGAAUCGAACAGCAUCCUCGAGACGUGCCCCUGCGCCCUGAGCGACGCCGAGGCGGGGUCGGCGCGGCGCGAGCGCGGAGCGACGCGGCGCUCGGCACUCCUUCGCCGGCUGCGCGGCCGCGUCGUCUGCGCCUGCGUCUGUCGCUGCGCGCCCGCUUGCCGCUCACUGGACGCCUCCCGCUCGGAGCUGCGUCCGACCUCAGCCGCUUCGGCCUCCGGACGCACCUCACCUAAUCGGUUACGGCUGGAAUCGAGCACCACGCCGUCCCGACUCGGCGUCUCGUCCUCCACCGAAAGAGACGCGGCGAUUUCAUCAUUUACCGACACGGACGUCCGAAACGGUUCUGCUUCGGAGACAACUUACAAAGACGUAUCGGAAGCCGGGCUUCGACUUUCCGAAAUGACGGGUGUCGCAACACCGACCAUCAGCACCGCCGGCUCCGGCAGUCGCCCCGACGGAAACUCAUUCGCCGAUUCGAGCGAUACCUUCUCUGUGACUACGUGCACGACGAGAGAUGCCGCGCGUAGGGCGCCGAGCUCGGCCGCCGCCGGAGCCGAUGAAGUACAGCAACACGACAAUGUGACGACGAGACCCCCAUCGUACGAUAUCCUCGAAAUCGUCGUGUCGGAAUCCGUGGACACUAAUUACACUUCAGGCUCCAACGUGUCGUUUUCUGACAAUAAACAAAAACGACUGGGAAAACAAUCGCCAGACAAAUAUAAAGACAUUUCAGGAGAAAAUAUUGACGAGUAUGUUUCUGGUAUAUUAGUAGAAAGCUUGAACUCGUUGACGGACCAAUUGGAAUCUAUGAACGCAUCCAUCGGGGCCAAUGGGAAAUUGAAUAUUAUCGAAAAGGAGAUAAAAAUAAAAUUACAAAACACGGGGGUGAACACCAUAGUGCAUUUGAGCCCCACUUCGAACAAUCAAAUUAUAUUUGGUCACGAGGAGCUGUGUAGCAGCGACGAGCGCCGCGAGAGGAGCGGCGAACCAGGCGCGCCCCUGCCGGCCCUGCUGAGCCAGCCCGCCGGCGCAGGCCGCCCCGCACUCCCGCACCACUCCGUGGACAACAGAGCGGUCUUACAACAAAUACAAAGACUGUUUCAGGACGACUUUCAGUUGUUGGAACGCAAUGCGCGUUAUUCCAAUGAAAGUAUGUCGAGCAUAUCUCACAUAGAGAUAUCAAAGGCGGAUGUUUAUUUGGAAAACGAACCCGCCUCAUAUUCCACAACGGCAGAAGUUAUCGAAAAGCCUGCGAGCUCCGAGACGUCGGAAGUGAUAAGCGGGGUCGGAGCCGGCAACUACUAUGAAAACAUCGCCGACAAUACGCUCGUGGCUCGCUUUUCGGCUUUUCCUCACUCUGAGUCGAUGGAAGUAAACACUUCGUCCUCCGAGGAUGCCGAUCUGCACGGCUCCGAAUGUGCGAGUCUCGUGGACAGCUUAGAUGAUCCCAAUUCCCCGCGAUCGGUUGCGUUCAGAAAGUCCGCUCGUAGGAGAAGCGAGCUCGUGAGAUCCUCCAUCGACGUCUUAGAUCUGUUGCCCGAAAACGCAUAUCGAACAGAGAGUGCCGCUUCAAAAGACAAAGGUGAAGCUUUUUUUGUCACGAUAAAAGAUGACCAUUGUGAAUGUGACCGUGAAAAUAAAGACAUCGUAGUAGCGGAUCACAUGCCGGAAAUUAUAAAGCAAAGGUUGUACAGGCGACACAGGAAUAGAGAACUCCGGCUGGAGCGCGCGCGGCGCAGCAAGGCGCAGCAAAUGCGCCGCGAGCUGGCCCACCAGGGCCGCGGCCUUCCGCGCAGCGCCAGGAAUGAGGUAGAGCGAGAGGGCAUCUCCCUCAUUAAAUCGUUAAUUGACGAUGCCAUAUUAAAAAUUGUUCAAGACGAGCUGAAAUGUAUGAGGAUAAAACAAAAGUCGGUCCUGAUGGUGUCGGCAAAGUCCGAUGAAUCCCUAUGUCCAAAGAAUAGGAAAAAUAUUAGUCAUUGUAAAAAAUUAUCCAAAAAUAAUGCAUCGCAGUCGUGUUCGGACGGUAUAGACAAAAAAUAUCGUAAAGAAAAAUUCCAAAUACGAGGAAAACUGUCUCUUCAAGCUUAUCCGUCGUCGCAGCUUGAUGAUAGCAAGUCAAAAAGAAUUUAUCAGAAGUCCGAAAUACACGAUGGAAAAAGAUGCAUUGAAAUCUUAGAGAUAUUAGAGUACGUCAGCAGUUCGGCGAGCUCCCCCGAAACGAGCAACUCCGAUGAAAAUCUCAGUUCAAAGGUCAAGAAGUCGCGAAUCCCUGUCCCAGUAUCUGAUAGAGUAGCUUCCCAACUCAUUCAAACAAGCAAGUGCUCGACCGCUUCCUCUAACGCCACUUCUGCCAGCUUCCCUUACAACGUGGAAAGUAUGAGCGCACAUUCAUCGAGCGCGGCGCGCGAUGUCUCCGAGCAGGCGGACGCGCGAGCCGACGGCGCCACGGCCCCGGCCCGCCGGCGCUCCGCCGCGCUCCACUGCGAACCGCGAUCUCGUUCGAACUCUCUUCGUUUCAAGCGUGUGUUCGAUAUGAUCCCAGAAGAAAAACCCAUUGCGAUCGUGGAAACUGGGAGUGAGCAUCAUAUGUAUUGCCGCCGGGCGUCGUUACCAACUCUUACCGACGAUCCGCUUCAUGACGCAGAAGAAAGCCUUAGAAAAAAAAAAGAAGGAUCUUUAAAUAUAAACCGGAUGUGUACCGGAGUCGCAGCUGUAAAAUCUAUUGUGGAUUCGACGAUCGGGAAAGAGACGAGGAGCGCCGGUACUUCUCCGAUGCCCGACAGAGUGGUACAUCGCAGUGUGUUAACGCAAACACACGCUGUAGGGUCAUCGACAUCGCCUAACCGAUCUGCAGCUACGAGUCCUAUAAGAAACAUGUCGAUGUCUACGCAGACUCUCUCGCCGCGGCGUAAAAGUUCUCCGAACCAAUAUCCGAAGAUUAAAAUUCAACAAGUUUCGCAAAGUUUGCAGCGUCGGCGCGAGCAGUCGCGCCGGCCGUGCGCGCCGCAGCACCCGCGGGCCCGGCAGCCGCCGCCGCCUCCGCCGCCGCCAGGUGGAGGUAACGGACGUAGGGAGAAGACGGUUCGACAGGAGGAAGGUUUGCGGCUCCCGCUGUGCGGCGCAGGGUCGGGGGGUGCGGGAGGCACGGCGGACUGCUCCAGCUCCAGUUCGAGCGAGUCGGGCGGGCUGCUGUGCGCGCUGGCGCCGGGCUGGCUGCACGCUCGCCGCCGCCGCCGCCGCCUCGCUGGCGACGCAGGGCAGUGGGCGGUGACCGUCGCGGGCUCGUGCCGCGCCGCGCUGCCUACGGACGUCGAGAUGCGCCUGCGCUUCCCGGACACCGCGCACGCACCGCGCGCCUGCCCCCCGCCCGCUGCUCAGCCGGCCCAACCUCUUUGCCGCGCCGUACGUCACCCAGUUAUACAAAUAAAUUAUCAAAUUAUGUAG